AUUCCAGUUAGUGUUCUUCGUGCUAACCAGUGUGAUUUCUCUUACUGCUGUUCCAGUUCCCCGUCGUUUUUUUAUCCAAGAUUCCAAAUGGCGCACGUUCUCAUCUCACAGCUGUCAUAUGGUGAUUCAAACAUACGAAUUAAGGCUAGAGUUUCUAGGCUAUAGGACUUUCAUGAUCUCAAUGAUGACGCAAAAAUUGUGCACACUGAUCUUGAGUUACUGGAUGAAAUGGUAACAAUUUACCUGCUGCGAUUUUUCACCAAAAUUUCCUUUAUUGAAACUUUCAGAUAUGCAAAUAGGACAUAUAGGCCAGUUACGCAUAGCCUAAUGAUCCUAUUCACUAAAUGGACAACUUUAGAAGAAUGUAUCGAUGUACCUGUUGAUUUCCCUGGUAUAACAUUUUCAUUGACACCUUUUGGAGAUAUUCCCUCUCUUGUGGACAAAAACAUCUGUUAUGUUGAUAUCAUGAGUGUCAUAACUGAAAUUGGCACAACAUCUACUGUGCGUCCUCAGUCAAGGAACACUGACCGUUUAAAGAGAACACUACAAAUAUGUGAUGCAAGCAAUUCUACACUACCUUUGACACUUUGGGGAGAACGAGCAACUGCUUUCGAUGCUGAGAAUAUCUAGAAUGCUAGCCAAACACAGCCUCAAGUGGCUGUGUUUGUCGGCACACUUGUGAAGAACUACAAAGGCCUAGGGCUUACACUGACUGGGAGCUCCCCAUGCAAAUGGUACAUUAACCUUGAAAUACCUGAAGUACUAGAACUGACAGAGAGGUGA